ACUCUAAUAGCUCCAGCUCGAGGUUACCAAACAUGGACGGAGGAACUGUUUGCUUACAAAUAAUGUAACGUGCCUUUGUAAUUAUAUAAAGUCACCGCCGGAAGCUGUACUGUCUUAUAUUGCUGGAGAUAUGGGUGCGUUUUACUGCAGCGUUUGUAAACAGACUUUCUUUGCUGGGAAAAGUCACAUCUUCGGGAAGAAGCACCAGGACAAGUUGAAAAUCGUCCUGACUAAAUUCUUAGACAAGGUGAAGGAAGCUCGCAGGAUGUUGAAAGCCCCAGCGGUGGAGAAGUACGACGUCACUGAGCACGAACUGAACUUGUGGUGCUACUGCUGCGGGGCCGAGGUGCAGAAACACAUAACCAACGGCAACCUGACCGUGCUGUGCGGGGGGCUGCUGGAGCACAUGGCCAGCCCCGAACACAGAAAGCAGACGGACAGAUUCUGGUGGGAAAACAAGGCAGACUCCAAACUGAAGGAGAAAUUCCUCUUUUCAGAGGAAGAGAUGGACAGGUUUAAGACUGAAGUAGCGAAAGCCCUGGAAUCCUAUGAAGAGAAGGAGGAUGAAUUCAUUAAACAGCAAGCGUCUUAUAUCAGAGAAGUGGAGCAAAGGAGACAGGAAGUGAUGCAAUCCAUCUUAGAGCCUGAGAGUGAGUCGGAGAGCCCCCAAGGACCCCCGCAGUGCGGCCCCUCGGAACACAUCGAGAGUUCAGGUAACCGGGACAACUACAGGAGAGGGGGAGCAGGGAAGCGGGCAGGGCCAAGUGGAGCAGACGAAUUUGAGGAUUCUGAUUGGGCAGGUGGAGGCCUGGACUUAACUUUCAUUGGUUAUCAGGAUUCAUCAAGUGGUGGAAACGUUCACACAGGAGCCACCCCACCCUGGCUGAAGCAGGACCCUGAGGAGGGCGGCUCUGGGACCCAGGAGCCCCAGGCUGGACCGUCCCACGAGGAGUUCCUGAAACACAAGGAGCAGGAGAAGCUGCGGAAGCUCCCAGCCACUCGCGUGGGGGCGAAUUUCGACCACGCCUCUCAGACGGACGCUGGUUGGCUGCCUUCGUUUGGAAGGGUGUGGAACAGCGGCAGGAGGUGGCAGUCCAGGCACCAGUUCAGAGCUGAGGAGGGACAAGGAACUAAUCACAAGCGAAAGAAACAUGAACCAUGGAAAGGAAGCAAGAAGCACAAACCGGCAGACUCUUGAAAUGUGUGCAUGUUCCAGACUUCUCUUACUGUCCAGCAGGGCAUGCUCCCAUUGUUUGUGUUUUACUGGGAGUUAGGAGACUCCAGUUGAGAAGUAUAAGGUGAAAUGUUUUUCAUUUGGAAAUCCUUGUAUGUUUAUAACCUAGAUGCAUCACCCAUGCAUGCAUCCAUCCUGAAAAUAAGUCAGUUCAGGAUGUUGUAUAUAGUGUACAUAUUCUCUCCAGUUUCCACUGCUAAAUUGGACACAUGGUAUUGCAGGAGGAGGAGUAAAUGUAAAAACCAAACACAUUGAAAAUAAAACAUUGAAAAAGUGUUUGUUUUAAUGUAUUAUAUAUUAAAGAUCUGGGCAGUUUUAAAAGUAAAUAAAAGCCUUUACCUGUGGUCUCAUUGUAUCCACUUAACAUACACUGCCCCCUAUCCAGU